AUGAAUAAUAGAUUUUUAUUUAACAAACAUCUUUUUAUUACAACAGCCAAAUCGACACGAACAAUUUUAAAACGGAUCAAACUUUAUGAUGUAUCGUCUCGCUUAUUUUCAUUGUCAUCGAAAGUUUCCUACUCAAAUAUUGCUGUACCAAAAUUUCAAAUUGAUCUGCCUGGAAUCGAGAAUUACGGUUUUGAAGGUGAAUCAUCGUUUAUGAUUUGUAAACAUGGAGCAGUAGCGUCAGAUUCGGAUGAAGCAUCAAAAGUCGGAAGACGUAUUCUAAAUCUUGGCGGUUCAGCAGUUGAUGCAGCUAUAGCUGUACUUCUGUGCGUUGGCAUACACAACUGCCAUUCGACUGGUAUUGGUGGAGGAUUUCUUAUGAACAUCUAUGAUGUUGCAAAGAAAGAAUGCGUAGCUAUAGACGCUCGUGAAGCAGCACCGUCGAAUGCACAUCAACGUAUGUUCGUUGAUGGAAAUCCACCACCAUCAUCUGUAUCAGGUGGUUUGUCUAUUGGAAUUCCUGGUGAAAUAGCUGGUUAUUGGAGUGCUCACAAACAGUAUGGUAAACUACCAUGGUCAGCACUAUUUCGACCGGCUAUCGAUAUGUGCAAUGAAGGCAUUACAGUACAGAAGGCACUUGCAUUUAGUAUUCUCAAAAAUAGAGAUAAAUUAUAUGAACAUAGACCAUUCCGAGGAGUGUUUUUUAAAGGUGAUUCUGAUGAAGUUUAUGGCUUGCAUGAUACCGUAUACCGACCACGUCUUGGUGAUACUCUCGAAAUUAUUGCAGAAACAGGACCAAGCGCAUUCUAUCAAGGUGAAUUGUCGGCAAGAAUUUGUGAAGAAAUUCAAGCAAACGGUGGAAUAAUUAAUGAACACGAUCUAGCAACUUAUAAUGCUCGAGUCAAACCGGCUCUCAAAGUAAAAUUAGACCAUCAUUAUACAGCCUAUGGCGUUCCACCACCUGCUAGUUCAGCCAUCACUCUAUUGAUUCUUAAAGUAAUGGAUGGUUAUGGUUUAACACCACAGUCGUUGGACACUGUUGAGAAACAAGUGAGAUUUUAUCAUAUACUCAACGAGGUGUUCAAAUUUGCCUAUGGAAAACGAUCGGCAUUGGGUGACGAGUAUGAUUCAGAUACGGAGAAAAAUGAAGAAAUCGAAAAACUACUUCAUUUAAUUUUAUCUUCCCAAUAUGCAGAAGAUAUACGCCAUCGUGUAGACGAAAAAAAAAUUCAGCCACUUGAUUACUAUGAGCCAAUGUUUGAACCACAGACCGAUCAUGGUACUAGUCAUGUUUCUAUCAUUGAUGCAGACGGUAAUGCAGUUGCUGCUACAAGUACGAUCAAUACUGCUUUUGGAGCUUUUGUAUAUGGACAUAAUACUGGUAUCAUCUAUAACAAUCAAAUGGAUGAUUUUUCCAAGCCUGGUUCACCUAACUUCUACGGAUAUGCUCCGAGUCCUGCUAACUUUAUCAAACCUUUUAAACGUCCAAUGACAUCAAUGAGUCCGAUUCUUGUCACUGACUCUAGAGGCAAUGUUAUCUUUACUGCUGGUGGCUCUGGUGGUAGUCGAAUCAUCUCCUCUGUAUCACAAGUUGCUAUCUAUAAUCUCUGGCUUGGAAAAAGUAUUCGAGAUGCUGUCGACAUGCCUCGCUUGCAUCAACAACUCAUUCCAAUGGAACUCGAACUCGAAAAGCGCUUUCCUGUGAAUGUCGUUCACGGUUUAUUGGGGAAAGGUCAUACAAUAUCUGGCUUUCGUGGCGGAUGUGUGGUUCAAGCAAUCGAACGCCGUCAUGGCAAUGAAUUAUGGGCAGUAAGUGACGCUCGAAAGGGAGGUGCACCUGACGGUCUUGGUUAUACAAAUUUAACAAAAAGUUUUCGCAACUGGUUUCGUCGAACUUUUAAACGAAGUAAAGAGCAAAGAUUGCUCGAACAAGAAAUCGAAAAAGGAAGAUUAUUAACACCCAAAUGA